CCUUGUCUGGAGGGAUCGCUCAAAUGAAUGACUGGACCAGCAGUUCGUAGUAUGGCAGUGGCUGAAACUUGUCUUUUUCACGGAUAAUCUUGGGAUGUUUUCCUUUAACGACCUCCCUGCAUAUUUUGUCUACUGUGCGUGUGAACGAGUUACCAUUAUCCAGCAUGCUUUUUCAUAAUAGCUUAUUGCUUUGUUACAGAAGACGGGACUGAGCUGUCGGUUUACUAAAGAAUACUAGAUCUUGGAUAACUAAACAAGGGUCAGGAUGUCUUCAGUACGGGAGGAUUAUAUGGCACCUUGGUGGACAUAUUGGCUUCACAAUUUCCCUCAUGUCAACCUGAACUUCCAGCCCAUCGACAGCACGUUCACCCCCCAGGAUCAGAACUACCAGCAGUCGUUAAUCUUCCUGGGCUGUAUGGCGGCUGCAGGGCUGGGCCUGAACCUUCUCUGCCUGGCCAUCUACCUGAGCUGUCUGUGCUGCUGUCGGAAAGACGAGGAGGAGGAGAGCAAGAGCCCCAACUCCUGCUGUGUCACCUGGUCCGCCAUCGCCGCCGGACUCCUCAGCUGCGCUGCAGUGGGAGUGGGUUUCUAUGGCAACAGCGAGACCAACGACGGGGUGUACCAGCUGACGUACUCCCUGUACAACACCAAUCAUACCCUGGGAGGGGUUGACAGCCUGGUGACGGGCACCAUGGGUAGCAUGGAGAGUGGUCUGAAGCAGAACCUGGCGAGGCUGGAUGAGAUCUUCGCUACGCGGGGAGACUACGUACAGACCCUGCGCUUCAUGCAGCAGAUGGCUGACAACGUCAUCAAACAGCUGUUGGGCCUGCCUGAUUGGGACAUGGCUAUAGUAGAUCUGGCCGCUAUCGCAGACCAGAUCACAUAUGUAGAGUACUACAGGUGGCUCACCUACCUGCUGCUACUGAUCCUAGAUCUGGUGAUCUGUCUGGCGGCUUGCCUGGGCCUGGCCAAACAGUCUCGCUGGCUGCUGACAACGAUGAUGGUGUUUGGGGUGCUGACGCUGAUCCUGAGCUGGGCGUCUCUGGGAGCUGACCUGGCCACUGCUGUGAGCACCAGUGACUUCUGUGUGACCCCAGACAAGUUCAUCAUGAACCAGACCAAGGACCUGAUCAGUUCUGAUAUAGUGCAUUACUACCUGUACUGCAGCCAGACCCUCCCCAACCCAUUCCAGCAGUCUCUGACCAUCUUCCAGAGGUCUCUGACCACCAUGCAGAUACAGAUACAGGGCCUGCUGCAGUUCGCUGUGCCUCUCUUCCCUACCGCCGAGAGAGACCUACUGAGCAUUCAGCACCUACUCAACUCCUCAGAGGCUAGCCUCCACCAGCUAACUGCCCUGCUGGACUGUAGAGGACUCAACAAGGACUACCUGGAUGCGCUGAUCGGUGUGUGUUAUGACGGGGUAGAGGGCCUGCUCUACCUCUGCCUCUUCUCCAUCCUGGCAAUUUGUGCCUUCUGUGCCAUGCUGUGUGCCAUUCCCCGGGCAUGGACACAUAUCGCCAGCAGGGAGCGUGAUUAUGACGAUAUAGACGAGGGUGACCCGUUUAACCCUCAGCCCAGACGCAUGACGACCCACAACCCCAACCAUGCCACCAACAUGCACAGCUUCUGCAGCUACAGCAGCAGUGUGGGGAGCCAGAGCAGCCUCCACCCGCCUGCUGUCCAGACUGCCCAGGAUGUGUCUAACGCACCCGUCUCAGAGUACAUGAACCAGUCAGCGUUGUUCGGGGGGAACCCGCGGUACGAGAACGUUCCUCUGAUCGGGAGAGGCUCUCCGCCCCCUUCGGUUUACGCUCAGCCAUUUAGAAACGGAUACUCCCCCAGCAUGAGGGCUACAUACCUGUCCAUGACUGAGGACCAGAUCAGACACUUUGGGAAUGAUUUCCAGGCAUAGAGCUGCUCCUCCCGCCCUCUCUCCUCUCUUUCAUCUCUGCCAUCUCCAAGAGGUUUCUCAAACGGGCGAACACACACACACACACACACACACACAACUACUCCAGCAGUAUGUGACUUUGUGGCUUCUGCACGGACCCUCUCCUCGCCCAACUCACUGGACUGGACCAAGGCCUGAUAUGAGGAAAAGUGUCACACACACAGUCGUCCCAUCCCAAACCCCAGAGCCCAGUGUCUAUGUCUUAGUCACCAUGACUCCAGCCCAUAGAAUUAGAAUGAUUCUAUUGUGUGAUUCUAUUCAUUCUAUUUCUGUGUUCCAGUUCUCCCUCGCUGUCUGGAACAAUACAAAGCCCUACUAUUCCACAUAGCAUGUUGUGUCCACUGUCUGAAGGUGUAGUCACAUUUCUUUCUGCCUAAGUUAUCUUGGAAAUAACAUGUCACUUUUCUAAAAGCUUUAGAUUCCAAUCUUUUGCUUUGUCUGCUGCAUUUGUUUUAGGCGAGACUUUUGAAAAUGUAAGAUAGAGAAAUUAUCACAUUUUUUAUUUUAAUUUCAUUUGACCUAUGACAUCAACCUUUCAACAGGUCCUUAGGCUACCAAUUCAGUAUGUGAGUGCUCGUAUUUCCCAGCUCUUUGUGUAGUACUGUUGAAAAAAAUAUAUGAAAAUGGAAAUGGUAAUAAUAAUGAUUUAUUUUAAAAACACUAGCUUGAUUCAUUCACUCCAACGAGACAAUAGCAACUUUUACAGGAAAUGACUUUUAUAAUGAUCUACAUUUUACAUUUUAGUCAUUUAGCAGACAGUCUUAUCCAGAGCGACUUACAGUUAGUGAGUGCAUACAUUUUUCAUACUAUUGUUCAGAUAUGUUUUUGUGCCUAUAACCUCUCCCUAUUCUCAGUAAUAGCGACUGUAGGACUAUGACUGUUAAGUCACAAGGAGGGACCAUACUAUGACUGUUAAGUCACAAGGAGGGACCAUACUAUGACUGUUAAGUCACAAGGAGGGACCAUACUAUGACUGUUAAGUCACAAGGAGGGACCAUACUAUGACUGUUAAGUCACAAGGAGGGACCAUAUUAUGACUGUUGAUACUUGAUACUCCAACCCAUUUGUAUUUGAUGAAAUUGGCCAAGAACAAGGACAUCAGAAAUGACAUUCACACUCUUAGAACUGGAAAGUGUCCACUGUCGAAGGGUCCUCCCUUUUCCUCCAUGACUACAGAUGACACAUACUGUAUAUACCAUAAUAGUAGUUCUAUGUUUCCACAUACACCUCAGACCUAAACCUUGUGAAGCACAAACCCAACCCUGACUGUAUGGUAGGGCCUGGGAUAGUGGCCCAACACUGCCCUACACUAUACCCUACACUAUGUCCUACACUAUGCCUUACACUAUGCCCUACACUAUACCCUACACUAUACCCUACACUAUGCCCUACACUAUACCCUCCACUAUGUCCUACACUAUGCCCUACACUAUACCCUACACUAUGCCCUACACU